AUGUCCAUCUUCGAUCCUGAGGUGGACCCGCGUCCUCCUUGUCGGGGUGCGCUGCCGUUAGCGGAGGUUGACGAUAUCCUCCGGAUGUUGGACGGACGCAUGGACGCCGAGAUUGUUGCAGAUGCAGUCGAGUGUGCACGCACGCCUGAGAAAGUAGCCGCAAAUUCGAAGAGCAGCAGCGAUGUACGGCUACAGACGGGCCCGAACUGCGGGAGCUGCAUCGCAGUUGGAAAGAGAAAAUAUCCUUCUGCAUCAGAGGAUCUGAGAGAGGGACCUGCAGUUGGUGGAGACGAGGAGGGACUUGAAGGCCCUUCGUCGGGAGAUGUGCCGGCACGUGAGCGGACUCCUCCUGUGCAGGAGUCAAUGGACGUUGUGGAAUGUCCGUCUUCUCGCGUGCCGGAAGUGGUCCCCUUUUCGGAGGCUUCGGCGGAAAUUAUCGAGCCGCCCUCGGUAAUUCCCCCUCCACCCACUCCAUUACCAUCGACGGAGUGGGACAUGGAGCGUUUUAUGGAUUUGAUGGAACGCCUCGUCGAGAGGAAGAUGGUGGUGCUCCAGGAGAGGCUGUUGCCCGCCGCAGCUCUCAGGCCUCCGCUGAGCGCUCGGCAGCGUGGUGUUGCCAUGCCACCUCCGGCUGCUCCGGCUGCUCCAGCUGCUCCAACUGCUCCAGCUGCUCCCGCUACACCGUCGAAAAAGGCGAAGACAGCGAGAGCGAAAACGACAGCGGUCACAGGAGCGACCAAGGUUCCUGUUCCCAGGACCAUGCCACAUGCAGCAGGUAGACAGAAUCGACCUGCUCCGUCCUGUCCGCUUCCUCCGCCGCCACCUGUUUUGACGACCGAGACGUGGUCGAUGAUGGUUGGGCGUAGGGCGAAAAGGGCAGCGAAGCUGGCUGCUGCGCCUGCUCCUGCGCCGCAGAACAAGCCGGAGCCCGGGAGGUCACCAUCAGUCGCCCGGAAGCAGCAGGCCUAA